CAAGUAAACGUAACUUCCGGACGUCAGAUCCAACCGGAAGGUAAACAGCGGCGUGACUCGUUAGCUUUAGCUGUGAGCAUGGACUACAACAGUGACGGCACGUGGGAGAGUUUGCCCAUCAAAUUGGACCCCCGAAUCUUACAGACUCUUGGGGAGCUCCAAUUCACGCACAUGACGCCCGUGCAGUCAGCGUGCAUUCCGCUGUUCGUGGGUAACAAGGACGUGGCGGCCGAGGCGGUGACGGGCAGUGGGAAGACUCUGGCCUUCGUGAUUCCGAUCAUUGAGGUUCUGCUGAAGAGAGAGGAGAAGCUGAAGAAGCUGCAGGUCGGUGCUCUGGUCAUCACACCAACGAGAGAACUCGCCCUUCAGAUCAGCGAGGUUUUCCAUACCUUCAUGGUCAAGUUCCCUCAGUUCACGCAGAUCUUGAUGACCGGAGGCAGCAACCCCAUCGAGGACGUGGACAAGUUCAAGCAGCAGGGAGGAAACGUGGUGAUCGCCACACCCGGGCGGCUGGAGGACAUGUUCAGGAGGAAGUCCGAUGGCCUGGAUCUGGCCAGCUCCGUAAAAAGUCUGGACAUUUUGGUUCUGGACGAAGCAGACCGUCUACUCGACAUGGGCUUUGAAGCCAGCCUCAACACCAUCCUGGGCUUCCUCCCCAAACAACGGCGCACAGGCUUAUUUUCUGCGACUCAAACACAGGAGUUGGAAAAACUGGUCCGAGCUGGACUCAGGAAUCCUGUGCGCAUCACAGUAAAGGAGAAGGGUGUGGCUGCCUGCGCCACCCAGAGGACACCAGCCAGACUCUCCAACUACUACAUGAUCUGCAGGUCGGAGGACAAGUUCAACAACUUGGUGGCGUUUCUACGGCAACACAAGUUGGAGAAGCACCUGGUCUUCUUCAGCACGUGUGCCUGUGUGGAGUUCUACAGCCGUGCACUGGAGGCUCUGGUGAAGAAAACGUCUGUCCUCAGUCUCCAUGGCAAAAUGAAGCACAAACGCAACAAGAUAUUUGCCGACUUCCGGAACCUGAAGAGUGGGGUCCUGGUCUGCACAGAUGUAAUGGCCCGAGGAAUUGACAUCCCUGACGUGAACUGGGUUCUACAGUACGACCCACCCAGUAGUGCCAGUGCCUUCGUCCAUCGGUGUGGUCGCACUGCCAGGAUCGGCCAGCAGGGGAGCGCUCUGGUCUUCCUGCUGCCCAUGGAGGAGUCCUAUGUCAACUUCCUGUCCCUCAACCAGCGAUGCCCCCUGCAGAGGAAGGCGGGUAUCAGUGACGUGGUGGAUGUGCUGCCGAAGGUCAAGGCCAUGGCUCUGGACGACCGUGCCAUGUUCGAGCGCGGCAUGCGUGCCUUCGUGUCGUACGUGCAGGCGUAUGGCAAACACGAGUGCAGCCUCAUCUUCAGGCUCAAGGAUCUGGACCUGGCAGCAGUGGCUCGUGGCUUUGCUCUUCUGAGACUCCCCAAAAUGCCUGAACUCCGUGGGAAGUCGUUUCCCGACUUUGAGACGACGAUGGUGGACACUGACACCAUCCAGUUCAAAGACAAGAACCGCGAGAAGCAGCGACAAAAGAUGCUGGCAGCGAGGAAGGAGCAGGAGGCUGCCGGUGAGAAGAGGCGGAGCUUCGCCAAGAACAAGUCCUGGUCCAAACAGAAGACCAAGAAGGAGCGGCGCCGUAAGAGGGCCGACAAACGAAGGCGGGAAGAGGGUUCUGAUGAGGACGACCUUGACGAGCUACUGAAGGAUACGCGGCUCUUGAAGAAGUUGAAGAAGGGGCGCAUCAGUGAGGAGGACUUUGAGAAGCAGGUCGCAGCUCAGGCCAAACCAGACGGAGACUCUGGGUCAGAACUUUAUUAGCGGGUCAGAGGUAGAGCUUGAUGAGCUCGUCGCUCACAGCAGAGGGUGUGAGGACACCAAGGUCAGUGAAGAGCAGUGUGAUGAGUGACGGCGGCGUGUAGUCGAUGAUGGGGUGUUCCUCAGCCAGGUUGUGCCCGCUCUGCAGGGUGUCAGCUUUAUACUGCAGAGAAGAAGCACACCAGGUUAAGUGUGGACGCUGGUUCUGAGGCAGCAAACCUCGAACAAGCAGUGGGUCGGUCACAUGACUUGUUAUGGGUUAUGGCUCUGAACGGUGAGAAGUGGACCUAUUCAUGAGGAACAUUAUCUGAAGCUUAAUCUUGACUAGACUCCAGUCGGUGACCACAUCUGGUCAGAGCAGGUCAUGUGACCACAGCCUUUCAUUUCCCAUUGCAGAUGUAAAUAAUAAACAUAUGGGUGCAGAAACUUCGAUUCGGGUGGCAUCACCUUGAACUUGUCGGGGACGUCCUGCUGGUUCAGUGGGUACAGACGCACAAACUUGAAACUCUCUGCGACGACGUAGAAAGGCUUAUUGUGCGCUUUCGAGCAAACGGCUGUCUGGUACGUCCCAAUCUGUGGAAUUGAACCCACAACCCAUGAUUCUUCCCAUAACGACACAGCGCUGUCAGGGACAUAGGUCAUGUGCAGACCUUGUUGAUGAUGCCUCCACUCUCCACGACUCCCUCUGCUCCCACGAUGACCAGGUCCACCUUCUCUAGGACGUACCUGCUCAGGACACCACACUGUCACUGUCCAGCACAGAACCAGAACCAGAGUCAGCUCACCCCACAGCUGCAUCCAAGACCAGCGUGGUGGGAACAUGGAGCUUCUUGAGGGCAGCAGCCAUCUCUCUCCUGCACACACAGACACAUGGACCUCGUCUGUCAGCAGAACUCUCCGAGCCUAACUGGAAGUGUUCGAUCAGUACUCACCCGGCACCAUCUGGCUGUGACUCUGUGACGUAG